AUGCACUUAAUUCUCACUUGUCUUUUUCUUCUUUUCGUGACACCUGUAAUUCAAGGAUGGCAGUGGCAGAAAUGGACAGGAACAUUCUCUACCGAUGUAUCACCAUGUAAUCGUAACGUUUGCUGUUGUCUAUCGGAAAAUAUCGUACUGACGUGGAGUCCGGGCACUCUUCAUGCUGCUUUAAAAUUUGCUGGUCAAUGUGGAUCUCUGACAAGUCUAGCGGUAACAACACCCUAUCCUGCAGGUUUAACAACAUCACUCUCGAUUGGACCUGGUCAACCAACUCAGCUAACUCUUAGUUCAGAUAGUCUGACUAUCAUAGGUACAUCUCCUAUCAACCCUGUUUGCAAUGGACGGGCUCGACGUAUCAGUUGGUUACCUUGCUUCUAUCGACAAAAAUGA